AGUCUAGGACAGGGGUGUUUAAACUGGCGGCCCUCCAGCUGUUGCGAAACUACAAGUCCCAUCAUGCCUUUUCCUUUCGGAGCCAUGCUUAUAACUGUCAAUCUUGCAAUGCCUCAUGGGACUUGUAGUUUGGCAACAGCUGGAGGGCCGCCAGUUUGACACCCGUGGUCUAGCAGGUGGCAAACUGGCAGCCCUCCAGCUGUUGCCAAACUACAAGUCCCAUGAGGCAUUGCAAGAUUGACAGUUACAAGCAUGACUACUAAAGGUAGAGGCAUGAUGGGACUUGUAGUUUCGCACCAGCUGGAGGGCUGCCAGUUUGACACCCCUGAUUUA